GCUGAUGAUGCUGGCUAGCGAGCUGCCUACGCUACGGAACUUAGCAUGUAGCAAGCUAGCUUCUAUGGUAUUUUUUUUUUUUGGUACUGUUGACACGUUUCGCUAGUGUUUGCCAGACGGACGCCGCGUUGGAGCCGUGUGCGACAAAAAGUGUUGUGGAAUACAUGCUCUUCAGUGUUUUAAGACCUGGAUCUGCAUCUAAACCUUGAGAUUUUUAUGAUGUUCAAAGACUUCAUCGCAUCGCCUGACUCCUCGGCUCAUCAACUCACCUAUAAAUGAGUAAACCCAAACUUGAUCCUCCAUCCCCACUUGACGUGAUUCACGAUGAUCAUUUGCGUUGACACAACCCUGCCCUCUGGGACGAGAACCCGCCAUAACCCGGCUCAUCCAAUGAUAUGAUAGUAGCUGCCUGGAUCAGUUACUGUGCCUGCAGGAGCCUCGCACAGGUUCUGCUACUCCUUUCCUCCGCAAACACCUUUUCAUCCCUGUGGGAGACCCUCGCCGGCCGUGGAGCCAUGGGGAACAGCUGCGUGUGCCGGGAUGACAGCGACUUGGAGGACCAUCACGGGGCGUCCAGGGGGUCGAGGGGACAGGCCAGGCGGACGGAUCACGGGACAGGCGCGACCGUCGACGCUGGGGAGUCUCGUGGCGGUCGCCCGAGGGACCCUGUCAGACCCCCGCGGAGGGGGCGUGGACCCCACGAGCCACGGCGGAAGAAGCAGAAUGUGGAUGGCUUGGUGCUGGACACGCUGGCUGUCAUCAGGACCCUUGUGGACAAUGACCAAGAGCCCCCCUAUUCCAUGAUCACAUUGCACGAGAUGGCAGAGACUGAUGAUGGCUGGCUGGAGGUUGUCCAGUCUCUGAUUCGAGUGAUACCAUUGGACGACCCACUUGGGCCUGCAGUCAUCACCCUGCUGUUGGACGAGUGUCCCCUACCCACUAAGGAUGCCCUCCAGAAACUCUCAGACAUGCUGAGUCUGAGUGCGGCUGUGGCUCGACAGGACGCUCUGAGCCCUUCCAAACACAGAAACACCACAGCUGUCUUGGGAUGUCUGGCUGAGAAACUGGCUGGUCCCGCCAGCAUUGGACUGUUGAGCCCUGGAACUCUCGAGUACCUUCUAGAAAGCUUGAGCUCUGAAGCACACCCCACUGUCAUGCUGUUUGCUCUGAUUGCCUUGGAGAAGUUCUCUCAAACCAGUGAGAACAAACUGACAGUGUCUGAGUCAUGUAUAAGCAGCAGACUGGCUGUGUUGGAGUCAUGGUCGGAGCAUCCUGACUACCUGAAGAGGCAGGUCGGAUUCUGCUCACAAUGGAGCUUAGACAAUUUAUUUCUCAAAGAAGGGCGUCAAUUCACCUAUGAGAAGGUCAACCUCACCCAUAUCAACGCCAUGCUCAACAGCAACGACGUCAGCGAGUACCUCAAAAUCUCCCCUAGUGGAUUAGAGGCACGGUGCGACGCCUCCUCAUUUGAGAGUGUACGUUGUACUUUCUGUGUGGAUUCUGGCAUUUGGUACUAUGAAGUGACGGUCGUUACAUCGGGUGUGAUGCAAAUCGGAUGGGCCACCAAGGACAGCAAGUUCCUCAACCAUGAGGGUUACGGGAUUGGCGAUGACGAAUACUCGUGUGCAUACGAUGGCUGCAGGCAGCUUAUCUGGUACAAUGCUCGCAGUAAACCUCACGCUCACCCCUGCUGGAAGGAGGGAGACGCUAUCGGCUUCCUGUUGGACCUCAGCAAAAAGCAGAUGAUCUUCUAUCUGAACGGACAUCAGCUGCCGCCAGAAAAACAGGUUUUCUCUUCAGCAACGUCUGGCUUCUUUGCGGCGGCCAGUUUUAUGUCAUACCAGCAGUGUGAGUUCAACUUUGGCGCCAAGCCUUUCCGCCACCCGCCCUCAGUCAAGUUCAGCACCUUUAACGACUUUGCGUCACUGCUUCCCAGUGAAAAGAUCAUCCUGCCCAGGCAUCGGCGCCUGGCUUUACUGAAACAGGUCAGCAUCCGGGACAACUGCUGCACGCUGUGCUGUGACGUCAUGGCUGACACAGCGCUGCGGCCCUGUGGACACGGGGGUAUGUGUAUGGAGUGUGCCUUACAGUUAGAAACGUGCCCCCUGUGUCGCCAGGACAUCCAGACUCGCGUCAGACUCAUUGCACAUGUCUCCUGACACACUCUAACCUGCUCCUGUAAGGAGAGAUGCACAAGCCCUACAGACACCUCCCCCUCUAAGCCCCUCUGGCCCAGCCGGCUUGGAGGAUGGUUCCGCAGUGAAAGCAUCCGAGCUAUGCGUUCUGGUCAGAGGAGGCCUUGAUGGAGGGGUGACGAUAGGAAGCAGACGAGCGGAUGGGGAAGCCAACUGCAGCAGGAUUCCUGUGAGCUUCUCACUCAUUUAGCCAUGCCUCCUCUUUUGUAUUCUUCUGAGAGCAGAAGCCAGACAGACGCUCUGAAGGAGGGAGCAGAAACAAUUAAUCACAUCAAAACCAACCUCUAUAAUCUGUAAGAUCCAAUUUUGCGAACCUCUUUUCACAAAAGAUCCUAUUGUAUUCUUGUUUAGAGGACACUACAUAAUCACAUCAUACACACACACGAUGGGCUCUGCAAGGUAGUAGUAAUGAAUGAGGGUGGGCGAUACUGCAAAUUUGGUAAAUCCAAGGCAAGUAUUGUAGAUAUUGAUGCGUUUUUCUUUAAUAUACAAAGGACUUUAAAUGAUUUUCAAAAUUUGCCUUUAAUUGGCUAAUUAGAAUAAACACAGGACAAAGGUUCUAGCCCCCAAAAUGUCUACAAACAGUAUAAAUAGAACAAUUAUAAAACAAAGUAACAACAUCAAUAAAAUAGUUAUUCCCUUUAUUACAAUUAUUUGAGCAAAAUAAAGUCAAUAGUGCAAAAUAAUUCAACAAAAACUACAGCUAGCUCACGUUGAAAUAUUUGGAAGGUUUGCCUCCAAAUGUAACAAUAUCAGCAAUGUAACAGUAUCAAUAACUCUAAAACCACAGAUAUUGUUUGACACUCAGUGACAAUAAACAUCAGUGUUUUCCCACAGGGUGUCAAAUUUACACAAUUGGCCAUGACGCAUUUGUAAAAAUUGAGUUAAGAAAAAAAGGCAAAACACAUUUUUUUUCAAGCUAUUAGCAAACUGGUUUCUUUUUGUUGCUAAACUACAGCUAGCUCACGUUCAAAUAUGUGACAGUUUGCCUCCAAAUGUAACAAUAUCAGCAAUGUAACAGUUUUAAUAACUCUAAAACCACAGGUAUUGUGUGACACUCAGUGACAAUAAACAUCAGUGUUUUCCCACAGGGUGUCAAAUUUACACAAUUGGCCAUGACGCAUAUGUAAAAAUUUAAUUUAAAAAAAAAAGCAUAACAAAUAUUUUUAAAGCUAUAAGCAAACUGGUUUCUUUUUGUUGUUAAAAAUGCCACAAACAAGAUUGAACUGUCUUUGAUUGCACCCAGUGUUCCUGGUAAAAAGCUAUAGCCUCCAAAAUUCCCUUCCAGAUUUGUCGCUUGUCACUUUUUUGAAGAAAAGUAUAAUAGAGACGGGUACUUGCUAAAUUAUAGAGAUAAAGUUGCCUAGUUGGCAGCACUGAUACCUCCCGUUUUGUUGUAUUGUUUGGCAGACCAGGUGCAUUAAAAUGUGUUAAUGAGGGUGGGAAAACAGGUAUUUGCAAAUCUAUUUGUGGUGGUCCAUAAUUUGGCAGGCCGCCACAAAUAAAUGAAUGUAUGGGAAAACACAAGAGUAAAACUGAUUUCAUCACACUAGGAAUCAUCCAAUUCUUAAUACCACUCUUGGUAUCAAUAUGGUAUAUAUUAAGGUGAAUGGUCCCACCCGUUGUUAUGGACACAUGUGGUGGUAAUAAGCCCAAAGUACAGACAAACAUUAGUGGAUGUCCCAAACAGCAUUGUUAUUGUCUUUGCUCUGUGUACCAUCGCUAUCUCUUGGUUCCUGUGCUGAUCCAUUUCACAUAUCUGCAGCAAUGUCAGACUUCCGUGUACAAAUGUCAACAAAAACAUGCAGUUUACUCAUUUAGUUUACAAAAUGUAAAAUAUCUGAUCUUACCAGAAGACUUCACUAGUCUUUUAUCACAACCAUUAAGGAAGCAAAGAGUGAUCCGGUACUGUAAAGAUUUUCAACUUAUUCAUUUGCGCUUGUGUGUCGUGCUUUAUUUAUAAACUCAGAUUUGGAUUGUUCACUGUCAUCAGUCUAACAGAAGCUUAUUUGUUCCCAGUAUAAUUGUGGAUAAUGUUGAUAAUAGGAAAAGUAUCCGUCUUGAGUUUACUUUAUGGGCACUAAAAAAAUAUGUCCAACAUUUGGUUUUGAAAGAUGGAGUAUCAGUUACAUCUGGGGUUUUCAAAGUGGUCAGCCUCAUCUUCUCCCACUCACAACUGUUUAUUUACAUAUCACCACACGCCCCCAACUGUAGACACUCUCACUACAAGAACUACAAAUAAUUCCUAUAUAUUUUCAACAUCGCUUAAGCUGAGCAGCUAUUAAAAUAUAUUUUAAACUGAGGUUGAGCUUCUGCCUCCUCGCACUUUGAAAACUCCAGAGUUGGAUUGUUGUAAAAGCAAAUGUGAAACGUCAAUGUGAAUGAUGUAUCCCCAAGUCUGGCAUAUGUGUUUGCAAUUCUAUUAUUUAAUUCUCUUAAGUCUGUUUGUUUACAGAAGUAUAUUGGCACCAAAAUUCUACUCUAUCCCCUUAGUUACAAACAAAUGAGACUUCUUUAAACUAACUAGACGGGUAUGUAGGGGUGGGCAAUAUCUUGCACAUUGAUCUGGUACCAAGUAAAAAGAGGGCCAAUAUUACAGAUAACUUUACUUUUCACUUGAAAAUAUUCAAAUUUUCAUUGCCUUACAUUAGUUGAUUGGGAUUUUAAUCAAAAUAAAACACAGGCGGAAGAUUUUUGGUAAUCUUAUUUGUGAACAAUUUAACAAUAUCUACAUAUUCUUACGGUACUGAAUAGAUCAGAACUGGAUUAUUCAGAUUGUCUGAGAAGACGUUCCAUCUCUCAGCUCUAGAUUAAGGUUGAUGAUGCAGUAUCCAGAGGAUAAACACUAAUUCCAGGAUCCUGCCCUCAAACCAGAGCUGUCCAAUCUAAAGUCUGUGAACACAAACUGAAUAAGCCUGCUCUGAUUAGAGAGCUUUAGUCUUGAGGGCAGAAUUUUUUUCCUUACUUCCAGCACUGCACCCUUAGACGAGAGCAGAUGAGAAGCGAAAUAUCUUCUAUAUGAACAGUCGAGUUGCGAUCAAUUCAAUGACCCGGAUGAAUAAGAAUAUUUAAAGGCUAUACAACAGUAUAAGACAAAGACAACAAUAUAAGACAAAGUAAUAAUUACAUACAAUUUUGGAGCAAAAUAAAGUCUGUAGUGCUAAAUAGGUCAACAAAAGCAAACACUACUAAUGGCUCAUUAAAAUCCAGGUCCAAUAAUCAACAAUAUAUACCUAUAACCAUCUAACAAUAAAGACAUUCCAGAAAAUAUACAUGAAUAAGAAAUAUCAAUCUCAUCACACUAUUAUUGAGCCGAUACCAAUACUACCAUUGGUAUCAAUACUAUCAAUACUUGCAUCGAUUCGCCCACCCCGACUAGAAUCAAACAUUUAUCUAAGGCCUUUUUGCCAUUUCUUGCCCUUACAGGGGCUACUGUAGCUCUUGUAUGAAAGCAGCCCGUUGGUUUACAGGAACGAGUAUAUUUAUGCAAUGGAGUAUUUUAAGAUUAGGCUGAAUUGUUUUUAAAGGAAACCCAGUAAACGCAUGAAGUAGAUGUGUUAAAGUUUACUGCAAAGCUUUCUGAAGAUGACUUGAAUCGCUGCGUGAGACAAAAGCCUGUUUAGUUACUGUUUGCUUAUUUGGAGCACCUUAAAAGAGCAGCUGAGAGAAAUGGUUCAUUGUAUGAUCUUAGGAGAUUAAAAAAACUGAAAAGAGGAAUUUCUCACCAGAAUUCCUAAAGAUAUGGUUUAUGAAAGAUUGAUGUUUCUUGGAUUGUGCUAUUUGUAAUAAAUGUAUAUUCAUGUGAUGUUUACAUGACAAGACAGUGUUUCUUUACAUGUUUGGUAUUACUGCAAUAUUUUACACAUCAAAGCAUAUACUGUACUCCAAAUAUACAUCACAUGGGACAAGUGUUAGGAAAUAGAUGGAUGGAUGUUAGAUUGUUUUUUUUAAAUAGACACAUGUUAAUUUCAUCAAUAAUUAAAAACCGACAUAAAAGUAGGAAAUACUUUGAUAAGGGUAACUCCAAAGAAUCGGAAUAAUAAGGAUCACCAUUGUAAUCAAAUACUACUAAAUAUGUAUUUGAAGGGUAAUGUGUUUGCUAAUACUACAAAUGUUAGCACUAUUAGACAAUCGCAUACAAGAGUCAGUCCGUGGAGUCCAUACUUAGUCCAGCAAAGCACGCCAAAAAAAGGAGGCAAGCGGCCACUUUGAUGCAUAUUGCUAAAAAAAAUAAAACUCUUCCAAUGUAAGUCUUAACAAAACAGACAUAUGAGCUUUGUGUUAUUAGUGACAAAGCAAAUUACUAGUUAUGGGUCAAACGAUACUGA